UUUUAGCUCACAACAACAGUUUUAAACCUUCACUAAAUACCCAGAUCAAGAUCAAUGUCGAGAAAAAGACCAGCAGCUUCUGAUGAUGAAGGCUCAGACGGUGAGUCUUCACUAGGAAAUACACCCUUGCCACCGUCAUCUCCAGCAAUUCCCUUUCAAGACGAUGACGAAGACGAUUACGAACGAGAAAUUAGAGAUUACGUUGACGAUGAGGUGCCUGUACUGGACAAAGAGGAGAGGGAAGAAGAGGCCACUGCGAUGGAUCUGAUGGAUGAUAUGGAGACUGAUUACAGGGCUAACCCUGAACAGGACUUCUACGAAGACCAAGAUAUCGAUGAUCGGACUCAAAACGAAAUGGGGAUCAGUGGGUAUAGAGAAGUGACAAAGAAACUGGAUGAACGUGAUGCCAUCCUUAAUGAUCCUAAUUUCAUAGGUGACAUGGAGGAUGAAGGCGCUUUGCCAACUAGGAGAAGAAGACGUAACUUGUACGACGAAGAGCAAGAUAUGGAUGAUAUGGACGUUGACCCUUUGAACGAAGAACUCACAUUGGAAUCAUUGGCAGAUAUCAAGGCACAGAGUUUAACUGAGUGGGUUGUACAGCCGAACGUUGCAAGAACCAUUGCCAGAGAGUUCAAGUCGUUCCUGCUGGAAUAUACCGAUGACCAAGGUCGUUCUGUUUACGGUGCAAGAAUCAGAGUGCUCGGUGAGAUUAACUCUGAAAGUUUAGAAGUGAGUUACAGACACUUGUCAGAGUCCAAGGCUAUUCUUUCAAUGUUCUUGAUGGCUUGUCCUGAGGAAAUAUUAAAGAUCUUCGAUGCAGUGGCAAUGGAAGCUACAGAAUUACACUACCCUGAUUAUUCACAAAUCCAUUCUGAGAUUCACGUCAGAAUUUCAGAUUUUCCAAAGAUUUCCACCCUACGUGAUUUACGUGAAAGUGAUUUGAACACCCUGGUUAGGGUAUCGGGUGUGGUGACUAGAAGAACAGGUGUUUUCCCUCAAUUGAAGUACGUCAAGUUUGACUGUGGGAAAUGUGGCCAGGUUUUGGGUCCAUUCUUUCAGGAUGCCAACCAGGAAGUUAAGAUCUCGUUCUGUUCGAAUUGUAAGAGCAGAGGUCCAUUCAAACUGAACUCUGAAAAGACUCUUUACAGAAACUACCAACGAGUCACGCUUCAGGAAGCACCUGGGUCCGUUCCAGCUGGUCGUUUGCCACGUCAUAGAGAAGUUAUCCUCCUUUGGGAUCUCGUUGACGUUGCUAAACCAGGUGAGGAAAUUGAGCUCACUGGUAUCUACAAGGAGACAUACGAUGGUGCCCUCAAUGCCAAGAACGGAUUCCCGGUUUUCACCACUGUCAUAGAGGCUAAUGCCGUUAGAAGACGUGAAGGUGCUCAAAAGGCCACAGAUGAUGAUUUCAUAGAUCAAGGUCUUGACACAUUUUCAUGGACAGAGGAAGAGGAGAGAGAGUUCCGUCGCUUUGCCCGUUCUCCAAAUGUCAUUGAUAAGAUCAUCAGUGCAAUGGCACCUUCUAUUUUUGGACACAAGGACAUCAAGACUGCAGUGGCGUGUUCACUCUUUGGUGGUGUGAGAAAGAACAUCAAUAAUAAACAUUCCAUCAGAGGUGAUAUCAACGUGUUAUUAUUGGGUGAUCCAGGUACUGCCAAGUCACAGAUCUUGAAAUACGUGGAAAAGACUGCGCACAGGGCGGUGUUCGCCACAGGCCAAGGUGCAUCUGCCGUUGGUUUGACGGCAUCUGUUCGUAAAGAUGUGGUUACCAAAGAAUGGACUUUGGAAGGAGGUGCAUUGGUAUUGGCUGAUAAAGGUACAUGCCUAAUUGACGAAUUUGACAAGAUGAACGAUCAGGAUAGAACUUCGAUCCACGAGGCUAUGGAACAGCAGAGUAUAUCCAUCUCAAAAGCCGGUAUAGUCACCACGCUACAGGCACGCUGUGCAAUCAUUGCAGCUGCCAACCCUAAUGGAGGACGCUACAACUCAAUGCUCACUCUACCGCAAAACGUUGAUCUCACGGAGCCUAUUCUGUCCCGUUUCGACAUUCUGUGCGUUGUGAGGGAUAUCGUCAACAAGGAGAAUGACGAGAGGCUGGCGGAGUUUGUUGUUGACUCCCACAUGAGAUCCAGCAGGGACAUUGAAGACGAAGACGAGGAUGAAGACAUGGAAGGUGAAGAGGCACGGAAUGACGACACGCCAAGAUUGUCACGCCGUGAACGUCGUGAGAAGCUGGCACAUGAAAAGGAAUCCGAGUUGUCUGAUUUGAAACAAGAGUUCCUAAUGAAGUACAUCCACUACGCACGCACAAAGGUGUAUCCAAAGCUACAACAGGUGGAACAAGACAAAAUUGCCCGCGUAUACGCCGACCUGCGUCUUCAGUCCAAACAGACAGGCUCUUUCCCCAUCACCGUGAGACACUUCGAAAGCAUAAUCAGAACCGCAGAGGCAUUCGCAAAGAUGCGACUGGCCGAGUUCGUCUCAACAGCAGACUUGGAUCGCGCCAUUGAGGUGGCCAUCAGAAGCUUCAUUGGCGCACAGAAGGCUAACAUCAAGAACGCGCUGCAGAAGAGCUUCGCAAAGUAUACGCAGAAGAGAAGAACCGUCAGCGCGAGCGCUUGAAGAGGACGAUGCUAUACUUUGGGCUCUAAUUGCUGGGAAACGGUUUGCGUAUAGUGUGCACUUUUCGGUAAAUAACGGUUAAUGAAUACAUCCGACGAUUCGACAAC